AUGGAACAUGUCGGUGCUGUUCUUGGGCGAUGUGCUUCUUUGUGCCUUCGACCCCUCCUCGCAACACCAGCAGUUCUCGAUCUUGCUGGAGGGGAUGUCGUGUUGCCAACGUGCCCACCGGAACUGGAGGAGCCAGAGGGCGGCGUUGCGCAAGCCGUCAAGCAGGCCAAGCGGCAGCUGAAGUUGUUCAAGUCUGCGGCGGAGGGAGAGUGCCGCUUCCGCACCGUAAGUGCGCAGCUGCAGAUUGGUAGUAGCAACGCCCUUGCCAUACAACAGGUAGCAUUUGUCUGGCAACUGGUGGAGCAGGGAAGAGGGCAACAUCAGAUCAGGAGGCAGCCAGUGAGUCGAGCCACUGCGUCAGGUAUUCCAUUUCCCGCAGAAGAUCUUAAAUGA